AUGUCAACUCGCCGACCUCUCGCCAACGUGCCGAAUGCUACCAAUUCCCCUCACAGGGCGGGUCUUGUCCCUGCAAAGCGUCCUCGGACAACGAAUCCUCCGAUCGAUAUACCCUACGGCCAGCCUCCUCCCAAGAAGCAGGUGAUCGAUGGAGUGGACCAGGAGUCGCGUUCCCCAGCCCGGGUUAAAUCGAGCACCACCGAUUCUAAACUCUUCACACGGCGUUCAACCAACGCACAGCCAAGUGCCUUCGAGAAAAAAUUGGUGGCUGCAAGGGAUAAGGAACGGCAAGCUCUGCUCAAAGGAACGAAACAGGAGAGGCCAUCCGCAGAAUCGGUGGAUUCUAUUCGGCAAUGGCAGAGACAUUACCGAAAGGCGUUUCCACACUUCGUCUUCUACUUCGAUGCUAUUUCAGAGGAUGUUCGUGCCAAGUGCUCGAGGCAGGUCAUUGCCCUCGGAGCUAGUGAGGAAAAAUUCUUCUCGCGUGAUGUCACCCACGUCGUCACCUCUCGUCCUAUCCCGCCUGAAAUUGAUACUGUGACUCCUGCAGAAUUGAACGCUACAUCUGCUGAUCAGACACCGGUUGAUACCGUCAACCCGUCCUUGCUUGAGAAAACCGCAGACACACACCUCCAUAUGUCCUUGAAGACGGACCAGCGACGUGAGCCAAGCAACAUGGAUGUUUUAUACCGGGCUCGUCGGAUGAAAAUGAAGAUAUGGGCUCUUGAGAAGUUACAACGUAUGAUUGCUGCUAUAAAUGAUGGGGAUCCCGGUGGUCACAGCAGUCAAUCGCGCAACCAUAAUGCUGUUGGUGGAAGCACUAAGGCCCGCGGCGAGUCAGACCUGUCACAGGUCUUACGGAAGGAGCUCAUCAACGGUCCUUCGGACAGGGACCCUCUGUCGUCGUUAAAGGAGCUGGUGUUGUUCAAAGGGCCGUUCAUCUACAUCCACGAUAUGGAUGAAAAGACCAAGCCUGUCAUGGUGCGAGAAUAUCCCAAAGUUGCAAGGAGACAGGAUGGUAUCUGGCCACAAUUCAGAAGCGCCCCGCUGGGGAAAUGCCCUUUCAUCGACGAACCUCCCAGCAAGAAAGAGAUUGAAAGGCAACGGGCACGCCAGCAAGAGAAGGAGAAGAAAAUUGCUCCGAAAGCUCCUGCCAUUAAAGAGGUACCUAAAUUUGACGCACCAGAUCUAGGCCCCGUGAACAUAGACAAUCUGGAGCCGUCAAAAGAGACUAAAACUGGCGACAAUGGUUUCGAACCAGCGCAGCGGACGACGCCGGAAGACGUGCAGAUGCCAUUGCAGACCAAACCAGAAUCACCAAGGAAAAGCUCCGAGAGUUUCGUGCCCCCUCCGCUCCAUAGGACAGGACCAUUUUAUGCUGGUCGUGAACCUGCCGCGUCCGGUAUGCAACCAUCAAAUAUCACAUCUGCUAUCCGGUCGCAGAUGGUUUCCUCCACCGCCGCUGCACCUGGUGCCAAAGCUGGGUUGAGCAAAGAAGUCCAUGAAUUGAAGAGAAAGGUACUCGAGAAGAGCAACGGCGGUUUGUCAACCGGCACCGUGCUGUCUCCCCUUCCCACCACGUCUACCUCGGCCCCCCUAAAGAUGUCAAACUACCAAUCGAACAAACUCUGCCAGGCGAACACGCAGGAGAAGCUGGGACGCGUGCAAGAAGAGGACACUACUCAGUCCGAAGGGAACGGUGUGGCUAAGCGGCGGACUGGUCUUCGUAAAGUCCCAGUCCCAAAGAAAAAAGAAAGAAGGAGAGACCCUAAGCCUGGGUACUGCGAGAAUUGCAGGGACAAGUUCGAUGACUUUGAGGAGCACAUCAUGACAAGAAAGCAUCGCAAAUUCGCAACCAAUAAGGCGAACUGGGCUGACCUAGAUGCACUGCUGGAGGAGCUGCAGAGGCCUCUGAAGGACGAGUACGACUACGAAGAUUCAGUCACUCCUUGA